AUGUGGCUUCCUGACACGGAGAAGUGUUUGGAUGCUGCUUGGGUGAGCGAGUGGAGGGAGGCACGACAAGAAUCUCAACUCGCGGCGGGUUUUGGUGAAGAAAGGAGAGGCAGGUGCUUUGACACGCAAUCCCAAUUCCGCGCCAGUGCGCCGCCAGUGCCCAAGCAGGACAGGCACACGCACAUGCGCAAGCCUAUCUCUAUCUAUGAAUCUCGAAACACGGUGCCAGACUCGACCAUCGUGUGUCCAGUACAGUAUCUCCCAGCUCCCACCGCCGCUCAACUCCACCUGCCACUCGAAAAUCAAGCUAUAGGCGCGGCGGUGGCGGCAUGCAUGAACCAUUCGUGCCCCAACCAACUCCCAUCGCUCUCUGCUGCUGCUUCCUGCCUCCGCGGCCACACACCUCUCUCGCCACCCGCUCCACCGCCAACGCUGCUCCAGACAGCGCCGUGGCACGGACAGGCGACAUCCAACAAACGUUUCGGCAGAAUUGCGACCAUCUGCAUCCCUGUCAGCCACUAA